CAGAGUUUGGAGCGGCUCGUGUGAAAUGUGUCAGCGGCAGCAGCGUGAUGUCGCGUGGACGAUGAGCGCAGGACGAGCUGAAGGAGACUGAGCACAGACCUACAACCAGCUGGAGGAAGUGACACGAGCAGGACGGGCACACCUCAUGCGUGGCCUCAGCAAAGCUCCGAGUGGAAACGUCUCCGACAAACAUGGGUGUCCUCCAGCUUCACAACCCCACUCACCCCGGCUCACUGCUGCAGCGGGCCAACCAGAUGCGUCUGACCGGCACCUUGUGUGACGUCAUCAUCACUGUGGACGGUCAGGAGUUCCCGGCACACCGCACCGUCCUGGCCUGCACCAGCAAGAUGUUCGAGAUCCUGUUCCACCGCAGCAGCCUGCGCUACGCCCUGGACUUCCUGUCCCCCAAGACUUUCCAGCAGAUCCUGGAGUACGCCUACACGGCGUCGCUGCAGGCGACAGCCGAGGACCUGGAUGACCUGUUGUACGCCGCUGAGAUCCUGGAGAUCGAGUACCUGGAGGAGCAAUGUCUGAAGGUUCUGGAGACCAUCCAGGCCGAGGAGAAUGAGGAGGUCGUGGUAAGGAACCACGGCUCCGGAGACCACGGCGACCACGGCCGCACAAGGCACUGGAGACACAUGCUGAUGUCCAAGAAGCAUUCCAUACAGGACGGACCCAACCGCGCCACUGCUCUGCACCACCUGGCUCUGUAUCACAUGACAGAGAGGAGUUCUCCAGGUCCAGAGCCCGAGGUGGUUCCUGAAUCCAGCCCCAAGCUGCACACGGAGGUGGAGCGUUCCCAGCAGCAGAUGAGGACAGAUUUGUCCCAGUCCUCUGCCCUGCUGGAUCCCGCCGCGAGUAUAAAGUCAGAGAGCAUGCAGGUGGAUGAAGUGGACAGCUGCGAGGGCAGGUCGUCCAGCACCGGCGAGGGAAGCUGUGUGUCCGAUCAGCACAGAGACGAGACGCCGGGGACGCCGCGCAGAGGCAGCGUCAUCACCAGCGCCCGAGAGCUUCACACGAGUCCCGAAGACGUUGGACAGGUGGUGGGGAACUCGCCAGACUGUUUCCCCGGGAUCACAGAAAAACACCUGCCAUCCCUGUACUCUGCUGCGGUGCCCUCCCACCACACUGCCGAGGGGCUGGUGUCGGUUCCAGUGGCAUCAUCGAUGGGUGUGCAGCUGGACCCGAGGGCGUACGGCGGCCUCCUGCACCAGGGUCUGCUGCACAGGGAGCUCCUGAGCCGGCUGGGUCAGUUCGCGGCAGGGAUGAGGCUCGAGAACCAGACUCAGGUCCAGCAGUGUUGUGGCGAGUGUGGACUUCAGCUGCACAGCAGACAGGCCAUGGAGCAGCACAGGAGGCUGCACAUGGAGGAGAAAGGCCACGGCUGUGAUUACUGUGGCAAACAUUUCCAGGACAGCAUGAGGCUACGAAUGCACAUGUUGUCUCACACAGCUCCUGCAGAGGCGUUGGUGUGCGAUCAGUGUGGAGCAACGUUCUCCUCAGAAGAUGCUCUGGAAGCCCACAGGCAAACACACACAGGGACUGACAUGGCAGUGUUCUGUCUGCUGUGUGCAAAGCGCUUCCAGACCCAGAAGGCCCUGCAGCAGCACAUGGAGGUCCACGCGGGCAUGCACAGCUACAUCUGUAGCCACUGCGAGCGGCCCUUCCCCAGCCACACCACCCUCAAACGGCACCUGCGCUCGCACACGGGCGAUCACCCGUUUGAGUGUGAAUUCUGUGGGAGCUGCUUCAGAGACGACGGCACGCUGAGAGGACACAAACGCAUCCACACGGGAGAGAAGCCUUACGAGUGCAACGGCUGCGGCAAGAGGUUCAGCCUCAAACACCAGCUGGAGACGCACUACCGUGUACACACAGGUGAGAAGCCAUUUGAGUGUAAGCUGUGUCACCAGCGGUCCAGAGAUUACUCGGCCAUGAUCAAACACCUGCGCACGCACAACGGAGCGUCUCCGUACCAGUGCACCAUCUGCCAGGACUUCUGCCCGAGCCUUGCCGCCAUGCAGAAGCACAUAAAGGGCCACAAGCCAGAGGACGUCCCGGCCGACUGGAGGAUAGAAAAGACUUACCUGUACGUCUGCUAUGUCUGAGCAGGACUUGGACCUCACGCACACACACACACACACAUACACACAUACACACACACACACACACACACAGACACAGACACAGACACAGAGAGAGAGUUGGGUAAAAAAGCUAAUGUUUCUUUAAAAAGGUCCAGUGUGUAAGAAUUAGUGACGUCUAAUGGUGAGAAACACCGACUCCUCUCACUCCUACCGUUCCCCAAGACUGUCUGGGGAUUAUGGUGGCCUCCACAUACCAGAGAGGACGCUGUCUUCUUUAUUUGCCAGGUAAAAAUUCUGGUUCAAAAUAAGUCACACUCUGACCAGAGAAAACGUAAAUUUAAAAAAAAAAGAAAGUAGUAUUCUUAGGGUUCCUCCUGAUGGCCACUAGGGGGGCAACAGUGUCAAUUUAGCAAAUUACGUUAUUACUUUAAAAGAGAACAGACGGCACAUGUGAGAUUGAUAGCUGGUAUCGUCCGGAGCCUGGUUGCAAAUCUCAACAUAGCAGAACAGGAGUUCAGAUUCUUGUUGGUGACGUUGUGACUUUUUUGUCCAUUUAGACAACAGUAGAAGUAGCCUAAAUUACGUGCACAAGUUAUUUUAAGGCUUUGAAAACCAAUUCUACACUUCAUAAAACAUUCUUAUGGGUGGUUUAUUUGGUAUCAGUUAAGAAAACCUCCGUAAUGUUAAACACUGGAUAUUUAAGAAUCAAAACACUGAGCUAGUUUGAUUGUAGGGUCCAGAAUGUAAAUUUGAAUCCGUAAACUCAAAAUGUUCUAUCCAAUUCCUAUAUCCAGAUUUACUGUACACAUAAGCACGACUGUAGCAUAACAUUUAUUUUAUGUGUAGUAUAUUCAGUUUCUUAAUGUUACACACUGGACCUUGAAGAGUUUAAAAAAAAUGUCUUGAAAACUGAACAAAAAUGCAGUGCUGAGAGACAUGAUAGAAGUAUUUGUGUACACAAAAGAUCUGCCGAUAAUGAUUUCCCGCAUUAUCAAUUUGGUUAUCUUUACUGAUAAGUGAUAAAACUUAAAAGUUUACAAAAGAGCCGUCACUCUUUUAUCCGAAAUUCGGACAUGCGUUCAAAAUAUCUGAAGUGAUUUCCAUGUGGUCCAGCGGAGGGUACUGUCAGCUCCCGUAACAGGAAGUAGCCGCGUGUAGCACAAAUCGGGUUUCCGCCCGAUACAGAUCAGGUAGCUACAGUUUUGUUGUUUUGCUGUGAAAUCGGAGGACAAUCACGACAACAUAGCAUCUAAAAAGAAAAAAGUCGUAAGAGUCAAUUGGUAAUAUUUCCAGUUCUACACCAUAGAUCGCAAAGUAAGCGAACAAAUCUACUGACUCAAAUGUUAAAAUGUCUUCACAGGAAUUGCACAUCAUGUACUUUUUUCUCAAAGUUGAUAUUUGGAAAACGUGACAGCCUAAUGCUGCGUUCACGCCAAACACGAAACUUCCGCGCCACAGGAUCACUGCAUUUUUAGCCAGUUGGCGUCACCGACUUUUCGCCGACCAUUUUCCAUGCCCUCUCCUUUUUGUUACAUUUUUGUUUCGCUGGCAAAUACAUGAAGUCAUCCAGAGAAUCUCAAUGUUGACCUUCCUGUAAAACCCAAAUUCAACUUUUGCCGGACAGUUUGCACAAUUGGCGGUGCCCCGACUUACUCAAAAUUUGCGUCUACUCACAUCCGUGCAUCGACUCUGUACGUAAACCUGGCGCGUUAAAAAAAUCUGUGCCACGUCUGCCGUGAACACAGCAUUAGCUUAGUCGUAGUAAAUAUAAAAACACCAAAGUGUUCAGCGUCUUUAAAUAAAAACUAUAACCACAGUUGUUUGAGAUACAGUAAUUGACAGUGAAGAGUGAGCUCAAGUACACACACACACACACCUCCAUUUAUAUAUAUA